AAGUUUAGUAAUUUAAAAUGCAUAAUAAGAAAGAAAUAACACUAUUAUUAUUGGGCGAGUCUGGUGUCGGCAAAUCAACAUUUAUCAACUCAUUUGUCAAUUAUUUGCUAUUUAAUAGUUUAAGCGAUGCAAUCAACCGAAUGGUAUGUUUAAUACCGGCUAAGUUUACGUUAACGGAUCCGAAAACCAAAAAACGUAAACUUAUGACAUUUGGUGUCCCAACUAAUACGGAAAAUACUGAAAAAACUACAGAAUCGGCCACACAAUACCCGCGCUGUUAUACAUUUGAUUUGGGCGAUCAUCAGCUCAACAUUAUUGAUACGCCCGGUAUUGCUGACACUAAAGGCUUGGAUAAAGACAACCAAAAUAUGCAAAAUAUACUUAAUUUUAUAUCGCAUUAUAGUGUUAUUAAUGGCAUUUGUGUGCUAUUAAAGCCAAAUGAGGCCAGAGUUGGGGUUAUAUUCAAGUAUUGUAUACUUGAAUUGUUGUGUCAUUUGAGCAAAUCUGCGGCAAAUAAUAUAAUGUUUGUAUUUACUAAUGCCCGGGGUACUUUUUAUGAACCGGGAGAUACAGCUGCAGCACUGGAGGACGUACUGACACAAGUGAGACAGAGACCACCUAAUGUUGAGAUCAGAUUUGAUGAAAACAAUACAUUUUGUUUUGACAACGAGUCGUUUCGCUAUUUAGUAGCAGUCAGUGAACCAAAUAAUAUGGUUUUUAAUAAAAAUAUCAAAACUGAUUAUAAAACAAGUUGGUCCAGAUCAUCUAAAGAGUGUAAACGUCUAAUAAAAUACUUUGAAAACAUUGAACCACACAAUGUUUCUGAUACUAUAUCUUUGAAUUAUGCAAAAUGUAUGAUAAAUACAUUGUUAAAGACCUUAACGGAUAUUAACAAACAUAUUGGUAUUAUUGGAAAAGAAAACGAAAUACGGACCGACAAUAUCGGAACAAUUGAUGAAAAUAUUGAACUAAUUGGUCGUAAUCUAUACGUUCCCCGCAUUGAUGUCGAGUCCCGAUCACUAAGUCAUCCGAUACUGGUUUGUAUUGAUGAACACUGUUGUGAUACUAUCGUAAGUAAUGGUCAAUUACUGAAACAUUAUAAAAGUGUUUGCAAUAGUGAUUGUCCAAAAUCACAUGAAAACAGUAUUGUGGGUGAUUUGAGCUUGCUAAAUUGCCAAGCUUUCAAUUUAGAAACAAAACAAGAUUAUUGUCGAGUUUGUGGACACAGUUAUAUGACACACGUUCACAGUAACUAUGAAACUAUAAAAUAUAUUUCAGAUUUCAGAGAUGAAGAUAAGUUUGCAAUGAUGACCACCAAUAAUAAGGAACUGGAUAUAGAAAAAGAUAAAAUUGUUGAACUGAUGGACAAACAGAAGAAAUUGGACGAAGAAAGGGAUGUUAUAAAUAAAUGUAUGACACAGUUAUCGAAAUACAUUUUACUUAACUCAUUGACCCCUUUUAACGACGCUUUUGAGGACUAUGUGGAACAGCUGAUCGAUGGUGACAAACAUAAUGACUCACAGAUGGCUACUAGUGCUGUAAUGGAUGAACAAUCUGUACAGAAAUUGAAGGAUAUAUUACUAGAAAGCAAAUAUGAAAAAAUAGUUUUAUUAGACUCAAUGAAAAAUAUGGAAAACAAUAAUGAAAUUAUCAAUUUAGACAAUAUUGACGAUUUUUAA